AUGAAAAACCAUUAAAAAGGGUAUUUAGAACUCAACUAGAUUUGGCUUAGUAGAUAGUAUAUAUUCUAAAUAAAUAAAGAGAGUAUGAUGCUCAUAAGAAAAGACUACAACAAAACUAUAAGUUGAGUCCUCCAAAAGAUUAAAGAAUCUAUGAAUAAGUCAAAAAAACUUAGUUUAUUAAUAAUAGAAAACGAGAAUUGAUGAAAUGGUAAACAAUUUAAGAAUAAAAUACAUAAAUACUUGCGAGAUUGGCUAAAAUAAGCAAUCGUUCACCAACUGUAUUACAAAAAUUAUAUUGGAAAGCCUCCAAGUUAAUGUGGUACACCUAGAGGUAGAAGAUCACUAAAGGAAUAAAAAUUGCGUAUUGAAAGUGAAAAUAAAAGAUUGUUAAAUAAAAUAAAUGGAAUGUAAGGUUUAAUUAAAUUUUAGAUAAUCUAAUCUAAAGUAAGAAAAUUUUUAAGAUUCUUAUUUGAAGCAUAAAAAGAUAUAAUAAAAUAUGUAAAAAUUUUAUUUUGAUUAAAAUUUACACAAAAUUAAAUUAAGGGUUGAUGCAUACUUAGAUAAUUUUAAUACAUAGAAAUUAAAUGAAAGAUCUAAAAGUUUACAUAUUAAUCCAAGAACCAGCAAAUUAAACUGA